AUGGAGAAAGCUGAUGAAAACACGGUAACUUCAAAUGUAGAGAAUGAAAAUGUGGAACUGAAUGGUGGAUCGCAAGGAAGUGUUGCUUCAAGUGUAGCUGAGGUUGAAACCCAACAACCACCUAUUCAAGAUAAAAACAUCAAGUUCAACCAUAUGACUUUUGUUUCCACAAGAGGUGAAGGACCAAAUGGAAAGAAGACUGAAGGAGUGUUAUACUCGUGUAAGAAGAAAGAUGAAGUGGGGAUAGUUUGUCUUUGUCAUGGUGAUCUUCUAAACGCAGCUGAAUUUGUCGAACACACUGGUGGAGGUUAUGUAGAACACCAUAUAAACCAUAUAUUUAUUGAUGGAAAAUAG